AUGCCUCUCAAAAUCGCCCCGGCUACAGAGGCCGACAUGGUUCGCUCCAGCGAAAUUGAAAAGCGUGCCUAUGGCCCCAGCGAGUCCAAUGCCGUUUUCUUUCCCGGAGAGGGAAUGAAGACUGAGGACCGUAUUGCCAUUAUGAUUGCGAGAAAAAAUGAAGAGCCAGCUUUCCAAAUGAUGAAGGUUGUCGACACAGACCUGGAAGCAAAGGGCGAAGAUGGCAUCAUUGCAUGCACUCUAUGGUUCAUUUGGUCUGGGGACCUCAGGCCAAGCAAACCUAAGCGCACUUGGGGACCUGGAACAAAUGUAGAGGCGUGCGAUGCCUUCUUUGGGGAGAUGGACCGAAGAUGGUGGGCCAGAUUUGAAGGCAAGCCGCAUGUUUAUCUCAAACUCCUUCACACCGACCCUGACCACCAGAGACGAGGCGCCGGAAGCAAAUGCCUAGAGUGGGGAACCGCGGAGGCUGAUAGGCUGGGGCUCGUGUCAUAUCUUGAGUCUUCUGAAGAGGGGCGACCGUUGUAUGAGAAGUUUGGCUUCAAAGAGGUGGACAGAAUUGUCGUGGAUCUAUCGAAAUGGGGCGGCCCUACCGAGGCCAAAGCUUAUCAGAUGGUCCGCGAGCCGGUUUCGAAUUAA